ACGGAAAGAUAAUUCCAAUGCCACAAGCAGUUAUCAUAUGGAAGCUGUUGUUGCGGAAAUCUCCAGGCAACUUUGUAGCUGGAAUCUUUAUACUCGUCAGGACGGUGUCGUUACUACCUCUCAAGGAAGGUUCAAUUUCCAAACUACAGAUGGUAGAAACAUUAGGGCGCCGGAUGUUCCAUUCACGCCGAAGACACAUAGCAUAUCGUAA